CGUUUCGUUACCGACGCGACCACUGCGCGGAUAAUCACCAAAUUUGCGACUACUGCACGGAACUAUUGGACUGCUAUUUGAUACCUAGGAUCCGCAGAGCACCUGUAACUAAUGUCAAAGCGAAUGUCGAGGAUGUCCUCCUCGAGACGCAGCUAUGCGGGGUCCAUGCACGAAAGGCGGGUGUCGAAGUACCGAGUCUCAGACGAGGAUCUUAUGAGUUUUGUGCUACGCGUAGCUCUGUUGAGCUAUCAGAUGCAGCCGAAGGCAGUAGAGCCACAAGCACACGCUGAAACGGCACGGGAACGCGACUACUCCUCAAGACUGUCUGGAGCAAUCUCAGGAUCCAUCGUGUCUAUCGGGGAUGUCUUCAAGGACUAUCGAGAUGGCACGAAGGUUGUACGCUUUCCCAAGGACUUGCUGAAGGUGCUGGAGCAGAAACUGCAGGAUAUUGCCAUGGGAAAGGACCCAGCAUACUCGGACCAAUUAAUCCGGCGUACGAUGGCCGUCUUCUACGGGCAAGUCAAGGACGAGAGCUUCAGACGACAGAUGAAGGAGAACCGCAAGAUCGAAGAAAUGAUUCUGAUGUUUGCCACGAAUGCCACGAACGUCCUCAGAAAAGAACCCACUCUUGCCGGCGAUGGCUGGAAGGUCGAGCUCAACAACCACAUCGCACAAUUUAUCAAGUUACUCAGGGAGUGCUUGAAGAACGUUAGCCAUGUGUCCUCCGAGCUCACUGCUAGGCUCGAUAUGUACACCGCCAAGCUCGCCCCUUCCAUCGCCCAAACACAAACCCACAGCGACUCCGGCUACGACUCGUCUUCUACCCGAGACUCUAUGUAUGUUUCGUCCAAACGGCUGAGCACAAGCGUCAACGACAUGCCUUUGGUGUUAACAGCAGCGAAGCUGUUUAAGAUGCAAGCGGAUGAAGUCCAGCGCGAGAUUGACGAGCUCAGCAAAUCCUGUGACGAGAAGGCAGCUUUAACGGACCUAAAGACAUGCCUCAAGAACAUUAACGCUGGUGCGCCAUUCCCAGGUCGUCGCGAAGACUUCGAUAGCGAAGCGGCUUGGCAGCACUGGCGCACUCUCGAGACGUCUCACCUGUCACAACUCAUGGUUGUGAUGGUGCAAUUCAACCCCGAAUUGGCAAAGUCCACCCCCGCAGAUGCCCUGCCGCAGUCGGCUGCGAACGGGCGACCAGGCAGCCGGCAUUCGUACCGUGCUAGCCAAGGCAGCGUCCUGGCGCCAAGUAGCCCCGACGGCGCAGGCGCUGAGGUGGAAGACGACGAGGAUGUCCCAGUGGGCCACCACUUCACCUUCAUCCCGCCAAAUCCGCGCAAGUACUACAAGCGUUUGCUCGAGUACUGCAUUGCUGCGGAUUUGGAGGCGAUGCUUAGCCCAGCCGUCGGGGACGAUGACGAGGUGUCCUUGGGCAUUCUCUCAGCGCCUCAUAUCGAGCUGAUCAACGAAUGCGCAUUGCGCUGGAGGAUAGGGCAAUCGUAUCGUGCGGCCUGCUUCCUUGACAUUGUCAAACAGUUCUAUGAACGCAAUGAGGUGCCUUUGGAAUGCAUUCCUGAGGCGCUGUCCGCAAUUACCAAGAUACAGCACGAGAACGAAUUGCCGAAGUGGCCGAUACAAGAUAGCGACUAUCUGGCUCAGAUAUAUGGCUCGCUCUUCAACAUCUUCCUAUCAUGUCUCUACCACUGCAUGGACGCCAUACCGAGUCUCAAGCCCUCGGAGAUCGGCCCCUACCUCCAAAUCCUCGAAGCAAUCCGCGAAAGCGGGCUCCUCGAGCGUUUCGAGAACGACAUGACUGCGCGAAUAGCUGACGUACAAGAACAGAUCCGCUCGGUUUCUGGGCGGUGGUACGACGAGAAGAACCGUGACCUGCACUCGGGCGCAGGCGCGGGUGCUAACUUGGCGCUGCCGCUCUUACUUAUGACAGACGAGAUCGAGAAGUCUGCCAAGGCUUUGGACAAGCGGUUCCCUGAGCCGCUUCUUGGGCAAAUCGACAUCGUAUCCCUAUACGUCGAAGUUGUCAUCCCUCUGUUAUUGCAGGACCUGGAUGCGUCAAGCAAGCCACUGUUCGAGAACUCGAGGAACGGCCCCACACCGGGGGUGCCUAUUCAAGACGUCUUCGCGUUAUAUCGUCGCACAAAGACGCUCAUGGAAAUGUACCAAGCCUUCUGCCCGAAUGGGGAUGCUGAGUUUGACAUUGGCGGCUUCUUCGAGCCGUAUGUGUUGCAGUGGCUGAUAGACACGGACAACAAGACUACCCAAUGGGUGCAAGCUGCCAUUGCAGCUGACAAUUUCCAAGCAGAAGGUCCUGAAGGUCACAGUUCAUCAAUCAUCGACCUCUUCGACUCGCUUCGAAGUCCAGUAUCGUUCCUCGAGGAUUUGCAAUGGACCGACGAGUAUCAAGAAGCCAAAUUCUACACGAGUCUGUCCAAGACUAUCAGCAAGGCUGUCGAGCACUACUGUCGUAGUAUGGAGGAGCUCUUCAUGCAAGAGAUGUUCCCUCGCCCGACUGACCACCUCCAGCCACAAAAGUCGUCUGCCUGGCUCGAGAAAGCGAAACAGCUUGCAAACUCUUCUGAGAAAAAGCUGGAACCUUUCACUUUCCAGCCCGAAUCUUGCGUCAAGCUCAACAACAUUGAUGCCGCUCGACGACUUCUGGAUAAUAUCUACGCCCAGAUCCAGGCUGACAGGAAGGCCGAAGCUUUGAGUUCGAUGACACCGGCCGUACCGGAGAAAGACAUCAAACCACCUCGCUUCCUGUUCACGGUGAAGAUCGUCAUCGCGGAAGGCCUCGUACCGCUGGAUAGCAGCCCAUCAUCACGGUUCGAUACGUUCGUUACCCUUAGUGACGAGCAGGGCAAUCGUCUUGCCAAGACGCGGACAAUCUACGAGACACUCAGCCCUCGAUGGGAAGAGACUUUUGAUCUCUCAGUGGAGAAGCCGCUCUGGUUGAUGGUCAGCGUCCGCGAUCGUGCGCUUGUGGGCAAACACGACACUGUCGGACGGGCAUACAUUUGUCUAGACCCGCGGCGGUAUGGCGACUUCCUGGCGCACGAUCUGUGGCUCGACCUCGACUCUCAAGGUCGCAUCCUACUGCGAAUUAGUAUGGAAGGCGAGAAGGAUGAUCCGCAAUUCUACUUUGGCCGCGCCUUCCGUUCGCUCAAGCGCGCAGAAAGCGAUAUGGUCCGAGUGUUCAUUGACAAGAUUUCUCCCUUCAUCCGAUUGAACAUCUCACGGCCUGUCUUGAAGUCACUCACGAAGACUGGCAGUCUAAGCAUUGAUUACAACAAAGCAAUUGGAAAUGUCACGGCGCUGUACCGCUCGGCAUUGGGUAGCAACAACUCCGAGGUGCAAGUCCCACUGCCGUCGUCUGAGAAGCCUCGUAUACGGCCGGAAGACUUGUCAGACGUGGAGAUUGAACAGGCCAUUACUCCCGUCUUUGACUUCUUCGACGCUAAUCUGCCCACGCUCAACACCUACCUUAGCGACUCCACCAAGGAGAUGGUCAUGACACGUGUUUGGAAGGAGAUCCUCAACGUGAUUGAAGGCCUCUUAAUCCCACCGCUGUCUGAUGUUGCCAGCGACAUGAAGCCUCUGACAGAUAAGGAAGUCGACAUUGUGUUCAAGUGGCUGAAGUUCUUGAGAGACUACUUCUAUGCUGGAGGCGAAGGUCCGGUGCCCUUGGAGACUCUGCAGAACCAAAGAUACCGCGAUGUUCUCUCCAUCCGUCUAUACUAUGACUGGCACACCGAUGCUCUCAUGGAAGAAUGCGUCCGCAUGAUGCAGCAGAGCCUUCGUGAUUCACCCUCUGUAAAGAAGCGUGCCAAGAGCGUGUACCAGCAGCGCAAUCUGGGGACCAUCAAGGACCGCAAGAAGCAGAAGCAAGAGGUCAAGGAGGUUUCUAAUGGGGAGACCAUUCUUCGUAUUCUCAGAAUGCGUUCCGGCACGUCAGACUUCAUCGCCCAGCAGCUUUUCGCGAUGAACAACAUGCAGGCUGAGCGCGAGGCCCAAUCGCGGGAGACGCAGAAACGCAAGCUACAACGGCCCCGGCAACAGGAUGCUGUCCCGCUCGUUCCCGCAGUCCCUCCGGUACCACCCAAAGCGCAAUCAUAGUCGCUUCUCGGAACUCUUCGUGAUUCUUCCCUCAAGGACGUAUACCACACGCACCGCCUCUUCUAUGCUAUACCUUCAUUUCUUCUGUCUGCAUUCCCAAUGAGUCUGAUUCCACAUCCCAUUCCUGGUGUAAUUAUCCCUGCGCCUUGUAGCCUUCCGUCGUGUGUGCUGGUUGCCACAUCAAAGUUGGACUCUGUACUCGGUCUAUCCCAGAAUCAAUUAUAAUUCACAUAUCUGCUCUCG